AUGGAUGCUUUCAGAUUGUUGACCAGGUCAACAAAAUUCAAGUCGAGCGCUGCGUCGGCUGCAGAGUCGACUGCUCGUCUGCCCUCGACAGGCAAGGCGGCGAAUCCACAGCUCUUCCGAACCACCGCAGGCGAGAAGCUCGAGUCGGCGAAGAACAAGAAGAAGAGAAAGAGAGCCGCUGCCGCCGACGAAGAAGAGGGCGACAAUGAUGCAGCUGAGCUAGACUUUUUCCAGUCCUCUAAGCGCCCCUCCGCUGCUAAGGCGGAGUCUUCUGCUACCGCCAAGGACGAUGAGGAUCAAAAGUCUGACCAAGAUGAUGAAUCCGAUGAAGAGGAUGAAAUGGAUGAAGUCGAGCGCCGCACGAUCCUAAAUUCGCAUAAGAUCAAGGUGACUGAUCUACGGGACUUGGACGAGAUUCAACCCCAGGCCCAGCCGGUGGCUACCACGGAAUCCAAGAAGAAAAAGAAGAAGCAAAAGAAAGAUGAGACGCCCGUUCUCAGCAAAAAGGAGCAGAAGCGUGCACGUCGCGUGUAUCCCCAGCCUUUGACUUCGUUCAAGGAGUUGCGCACGAGAUACAAGAUCUCGAGUCGGUUGGCGGAGAAUGUUGCGGAGCAGGGCUUUACGGUGCCUACGGAAGUGCAAUUGGGAACGUUGCCUCUUCUUCUGGGUGAUUCUUCUAUUUCAUCAAAGUCUGGUGAAGAGCCGGAUUUGCUGGUCGUUGCGCCAACUGGAAGUGGAAAGACGCUUUCAUUCUUGAUCCCUGUGAUCAACAAGAUUGUUCGACACCACCACUCCUCGCUGUCUAAUGAGCAUGGUAUCUUGUCAAUCGUUGUGGCUCCGACCAAGGAGCUGGCAAGUCAGAUUGUCAACGAGGGCCGGAAAUUGGUGGCCGGUACGGGUGUGAAGAUCACUUUGAUGAAAAAGGGCAUGCGUGUUGUGGAACGCGACGAUGAGAGUGAAGAAAAUGUCCUUGAUGAGGACAGCGAGGCAUCCGAGUCUGAGUCUGAAGAAGACGACGACAAGCCGAAGAAGCCUUCGAGCAAAGUUCCUAUCACUAAGAGCGAUAUCUUGGUCACUACGCCACUUCAACUCGUGAACGCCCUCUCAGAGCAUCAGACUAGGCCUAUGGCUAAACUGCCCCUGGUCCGUAGUCUGGUCCUCGACGAAGCAGAUGUCCUACUCGACCCGCUCUUCCGAGAGCAGACGCUCGACAUCUGGCGCUCAUGCAUCCACCCAGAUCUACGCGUGAGCCUUUGGUCUGCAACCAUGGGCUCCAACAUUGACGAUCUCACCCGAUCAACGAUCAAAGAGCGACAAGCCGACAUUGGCCAGAUAAGCACAACACAACACCCACUCGUCCGUCUCGUCGUCGGCCUCAAGGACUCCGCCAUCCCCAACAUCGAACACAAACUCGUCUACGCCGCCACCGAGCAAGGCAAGCUCCUCGGUCUGCGCCAACUUCUCCGCCCAGCCGCUGCCACAGCCUCAGACGUCCGCCUCCGCCCACCAUUCCUCAUCUUCACUCAAACCAUCCCCCGUGCCAUCGCCCUGCACUCCGAGCUUAAGUACGACAUCCCCGCCGAAGCAGGCGGUUCCUCUCGUAUCGCAGUGCUGCACUCGGAUCUAUCAGACACCCAGCGAUCCGAAAUUAUGCGUGAUUUCCGCAAGGGCGAGAUCUGGAUCCUCGUGACAACCGACCUUCUCGCCCGAGGCGUGGAUUUCCGCGGCAUCAACGGCGUCGUCAACUACGACAUCCCCAACUCCGCCGCCGUCUACGUCCACCGCGUUGGCCGAACCGGCCGUGCCGGUCGCGAGGGCGGUAUUGCCGUGACAUAUUACACGAAGGAGGAUAUCCCCUACGUCAAGAGCAUUGCCAACAUCAUCGACGUGAGCGAGAAGCUGCGCGGCACCGAGGGCGAAAAAUCCAUUCAGAAGUGGCUUCUGGACUCGCUACCUGAUUUGAGCAAGAAGGAUAAGAAGGAGCUGAAGAAGCAUGGCGUUAAGGCGCGACAGGUCUCGAAGCAGGUUGGUAAGGAUGGUAAAGAGGGUAAUGGGAAGGGUUUGCGGGGGAUGAGAAUUAGUACGAAGAGUGGAUUUGAGAGACGGAUGGAGAAUCGGAGGAAGGGGGCUAUUGAGGCGAGUCGGAAUCGGAAGGCGAAUGAGACGGUGGGAAGAGGUGGGGAGGAGAGUGAUAAUGGGAGUUGGAAUGGGUUGGAUGAUUAG